GACGAGUGUUUCAUUUCAACGUCUAAUCCUUUCCUGCGACUAGAGAGAGAAAAAGAGAGAGAGAGAGAAUGUGAAAGAAAAGGACGCCACAAGCAGCCAAAUCCUCAGACAGCCUUUCCAAUCACUCUCUUCUCUCUGAGCAGCGAAACGAAUCUCCUCUGCUUCCGAUGGCCCACGCCCUCACCCCCAAAAAGAAGUUAAAUUAUUAACCAUAAAUGGCGAUAUAUCACAAUGUUCAUACAUGUAAUUUAAACCGCGACCUUACAGCUUACUGUGCCUAUUCUUUUUCCCCUGCUUCAUGAAUCACUUCGUAUAUAUUCAGUAGCGUUCCUUCACGGGUGUUCCAAGGCUGGCUUAAUUUCUUUCUCUCUCUUUCUGUCUUUUCAGCUUCUGGGUCGCUUUUACUAGGUUCCCCUUCCUCCAUUGAUCCCACCACCGCACCUCUGUGAAACAUACUUAACGUUGAAUCGGAGAAGGGAUAUGCUGAUGAGUUAUGUAGCUAUAAAAGUCAGAUUAUAGUAUCCUAUCUUUUCUUCGCUAUUUUCUGAAUCUCCAUCGCCCCUCCUUUUGCCUUGCCGCCCCGUCGACUCUUUCCCGGGACCAUAAAGUUGUCUCCGAGAUAAAGCCCCGUAAAAGCAGAUUCAAAGGCGUUUUCCCCAUUUCCAAGUAAUUUCCAUUUUCCGCCCCUUUUUCUUCCUUAAUUUUUUCCCGAGAAUCAAAUCCAGCGCAGAAAACACGUGAUUCCUGAUAACAAAAACCCGUGUGAUCGAUUCUGUGAAGCGAAUGGUUGCUUGGUAAACAUCUUUUCGCCGGAUAAUGGAGUCUCCAUCACUGUUGUUUCUUGUCAUUUGCUUCUUGUGUGUACAAGUUGUUCGUCAGUCUUUCGCCGACAUACUUGCCCAACCGGUCGCCGCCCGCCAGCAUCCGCUGCAGCCCGGCGAAUACUCCGGCCCAAAUACGGUCCCGGCCUUCCCGGUUCAAACGGAGGCGCAGACCUGCCGGCUCGACCUCUCCGCAGAGCUCUUCGGCGGCGUCAAGGCCGCGUGCGGCCACAGCCUCGACCGGAGCCGGUGCUGCCCUGUUCUAGCGGCGUGGCUAUUCGCGGCGCACGCGCGUUCGGCUCUGCAGGUGGCCUCGCCGGCGCCUGCGGACGCGUCAUCCGAGCUACCGAUGAUGCCGGACGACUCGCAGAAGUGCGUGAGCUCGCUUCAGAGCUCGCUGCAGAGCAGAAACAUUCAAAUCCUUCAGCCAAACGCGACCUGCGAUGCGAUACUGUGUUUCUGCGGAAUUCGGCUUCACCAGAUAAGCUCGCUGAGUUGCCCGGCGGCGUUCAACGUUUCGACGCACCUGAACGCGACGCCGACGGCAGCGGUGAGGGAUCUGGAGCGGAAUUGCCGGAAUUCGUCGUACGCGGGGUGUACCAAGUGCCUUGGAGCUCUGGAAAAGCUCAAAGGCGAGGGUAAAAACGGAACGGGGGCCGGAAGAGGCGGCAUCCAGGAGGACAGGGCCAGCAAGAUGUUGAACAGGGACUGUCAGCUGAUGGGGCUGACGUGGCUGCUGGCGCGAAACAAGACGGCGUACAUUCCCACGGUGUCCGCUGUAUUGCGCGCCAUCAUGUAUAGUGCGCAUCCCCACGAGUCCAAGUGCAGCCCCGACCAGGAGAACAUGCCCCUCGCCGUUGAUUCUCUGCAGUUCGAGAACAUCGACGGCUCCUCCGCUUCUUCUCUCCCUCUCCCCUUCCCCUUUCUCUUGUUUCCCAUUUUGCCCCUAAUCAUUCUACUAAGGCGCUAAGGCUGCCGCUGCUUCUUUUGUAUUUGUGUCGGGUCGGGUCACGUGAAGUUGUUGGCCUCCGCUAACGUUUGACAAACGGCCGAGGGCAGUGUAGGUCUUUUUAUUGUCCUUUGUCCCCACUGUAAAUUUUUCACAUGUAGCGGCAAGGAUAAUUUUGUUUUUGUUUUUGUUUUUGUUUUUUUCCUUUUUCUCAAAUCACUUUUAAUUUUCAAAUCUGCAUUCCUGAUUA